AUGGCUGCUCACACCAUCUUCUCCUUCUCAUCCCCCGCGCCUCCUCAUUUCUCCUUCAUCAACUAUCCGUUCCUCAUUCAGUGGCAUCUCUCUCAGCCUUCACCAUCCACAAUCUGUUUCCUUCUAUGCGUCGAAGAAAUCGCUAAUAGUCGUUUCCGCCGCGAAGAAAGCCGUUGUUGUGCUCAAGGAUAA